AUGGGGCAGCCAAAUGCGAAGGAAUCCAAGCGCAAGGCGGCUCGAUCGAGCACCGGGAUGCUAUCCCACGGCUCCGCCUCGGCGAUGACGGGGUUGGGGCUCAUCGCCUCCACCGUGCGGAAUAUCGUGCUGCAAUCCGGGCACGUCGUCGGCGCCGAGACGGCGUACUCCCGCUACGCCGAAACGACGAACGCGCCGGGCGCGAAUCGAAGCCUCCCGCGGGGCUACGGCCACCCGUCCACGCGGCCCGUCAGCCAUCCCAACCUCACCCUCCCGGUCGUCCUACGCUACCUCGACCAGGACGUCCAGGCGCUGCUCGCGCGUCGCGCGCACGUCUGCGUCGCGGUCGCGGCGAUGGAUUGGAGGCCGCUGCUGAUGACGCCGAGCACGGACUCCUUUUACGCCCUCCUGGAACUCCCCCCGGGGCGGCAUCACUACCGCUUCCUCGUGGAUGGCCGGGAGGUCGUGGAUAGCACGCAGCCGUUGGCGCCCUUGGCGGGCCCCGCGCGGGAGGCCGCGCGUGCGGAGUCCGACGCCGCGCCCCACCCCCUGUCGGAGUGCCGCCCCGCGAACACCAUCCUCCUGGAUGAGACGGCGCUGAACAUCGAGGACAACGACGGCGGCGACCCCGUCGACGACGAGGAGGGCUGGGGUCAGGAAGAGACCCUCUGCGAGGAGUCGCGGAAGUACCCCCCGAUCAUCCCGCUGCAUCUGCGUUACACCCCUUUGAAUUCCCCCCCGACGCUCGUGCGGUGUGCGCGGAAUGGAUGCCUGUCGGUCGUGGACGCCUCGGCCGAGGGGAGUGCCGGGGGGGUUCGUCCGGAGCACCUCCCGCUUCCGUUGAGCGUGACGAUCAACCACGUCUACUUCCAGCGGCGAGAGGAUCACGCGGUGAUGGGGGUGACCACCCGACAUAGCGAUAAGUUCACGACGGUGGUCUAUUACACCCCACUGCCUGUUGAGUAG